UUGGUCGCGUGCUAUUGGCUGACGCGGCAGAUUGGUGGGGAUCUGCUGCCUGUCACAAACGAGAGGACAUACGUGCAUGAUCAUGACAGUGUGAGCCUUGGGUUGGAUUACAUACUCACGACUCGACGGAGAGCGAGGAGCGACGACGAUGGUGACUCCGCUGCUGCGAUGUAUGCAGUGAUGUUGUAGCCCCGACUGCCGAUGAACACCCGACUGACUUCACAUCUCCCACUGAAACUCCGGCAAUCCUGGUGCCUAUCACGUCAAGCACGUCUACCUUAAUAUGCCACAUGCUGACACAACAGCCUAUACGAAGCGUAAAACCCCUUUCUCCGUGGAGCCACCAUAUCACUCGGGCAUAUUUGCACACCCUACCACGCUGAUGUUUAGACCAACCUACCACUCCUUGGGUCGGGAGAACGAUGCUUCGCCAUACCCUCGGCGCCUUGAUACUAUGCGCCUCAGCUGUCCACGGACAAGGCCUACAACGAGUCCUUUCCCCAAAUAAUGACCUCUCCGGACUAAACUUUUCGUCUCCGACCGACAAUAAUCUCCCCCGACUGAACUUCUCUUCCCCAUCACCACUCAUCUUCCACUCCACCUUUGCCCUGCUGCAACAAUGGCCAAACACCUUCUUCGAAUACGGCCACACCAUCGCGCCUUGCAAAGUCCCCAAAGGCACCAAUCUCUACCACGCCUCCUCGGACGGCAAGCGCCCGCCCGAGCCCGAGUUCCUCGCCUUCGACCCGGAAAUGGCAUACUGGAUCCUCGGAACCACGCCCGACUCGCACAUGUUCACCUAUCGCACACGACGAGAAGUUCAGUGCUUGUACUUCGAUGGCUCCAGCGCUUCUCUUCGCCGCGACGGCAGUAUGGACAGUCAGAUGGCCUUCCUCUACAACUCCACGUACAACAUCCCGCCCAAGCCUAUCCUUGAGCUGCCGCCGGAAUUCCGCAAUUUGACUGGUAACAAGACCUUCUUCAACGACAUUGCUCUGGAGUACACUCGAGCAGAGAAACUGUGCGACUUCAUCCACAAUCACAGCCUGGGUGGCCCGGGCUGGGGCUACGAAGGCGUUGUCAGGAUGAAUACCGGGUUCGAGAUGAUCUGGUGCAACUUCUCUUCUCCGUCUGUCGAGUUGGUCUCCCGGCUCAACGUCUCCGCGCCUCGUCUUGAAGAAGUUCCGUCCCGCUGGACACAUCUGGGACAUGUUCCAGAGACAUUUGUGGUGAAAGGGAGGAAGAAGAGGGGGAAGAAGCAAAUACCAGGUCUUACCUUUGACAACCCUUUCGCGGUGAACGGCGGGGUAUACUCGUGGUGGCAUGCCGCUACCAAACGUUACGGCUUCGGGAACGGCCAAUAUGGACGAGGGGAGACUCGGGUGAGACUCGACUCUUGUACUUUGUUCACCCUGUACGAUCCCGGGAUGCAGGAUCAGGAGAGCGCACGCGUCAUGGACGAGCGUAAAUCACUGAAUUUGACAAAGGAGGGCUACUGGAUGGCUCCUCGGGAAGACAACGAACGAGACGCGGCACUCAAGACGCUGAGCAGGAGAAGGCAAGCGCAGCGUGCGCACAACGUCAGUGAGGCUGACGGCUUAUACAUGCGAGGGGCUGUGGAACAGCGAAUGCGACUGCUCUUGUCAACAGAGAAAGAGCAGCACUGCAGCGGCAUCGACUGGAUCGAAAUCGCCCGCGACAUCGUCAGCGCAUACAGCAUCGAGCUGUACAAUCUGCUGAAGCGGCUCGAGUUCUUCGGCCAGCUCGGUCCCGAAGAUGCUCGUCUUUGGCUGAGCGAUAUCAGACAUGCAAGCCACUUGGUCUUCAUGCCCUUCUACGAAUACCCGGACAUUACCAAAUCCACACUGCAGGAGGCGUUUGCCGUCAACGCUUCCAACUCCCAAUCCGCUCUCCAUCGCUGCAAAACGCAAUACGCCCCCUUCGAAGCGGAAGAGCUGUCCGACAGCGAAAGGCUAACCUCCCACGCCAUCUCCGACGUCCUCUCGGCAAUCUGCACAACAAUGCUCCCUAUCUUCCUCCAAACAGAGCGCAUCUGGCUCGCAAACUUCAACAACUUCUCCGCUCCACCCGUAGUCACGCCCGCCGUGCCCCUUUGGCACGAACUCCAAACCGCUACGUCGCACAACAUUCAAGCAAUAGAGGAGCUGAUGGCAUGGCUGGGGUGGAUAGAUCAAUGGACUGCUUGCGAUCCUGGGUGUGCUCUUGGCCAGGUGUGUUAUAUUCCGAUCUGGCCUGCGCUUGCGAUGGGAGGGAUUUUGAAGGGUGGAAUGAAGGGACAUGAGGAUUUGGAUGAGGCGGACGGGUCGCUGGAUCGGUAUCUUUGGGAGCCGACUUGUGUUGACUUUCAUCACUUUCCACCUGGUUGGUGAGAAUGUAUAGAGAAGAUUAGAAUAAUGUACAGUACCUACUUUUCAGGACGUCUGCACGUGACUUGGUCUGUGCUAGAAUGAUCCGCCAAUUUCAUGCCUUGAA